UGGCAGAUGAGCUUUUCUCACUUGUAGCUCAGUGCUUACAUACUACCUUAGCCUGUGCUGCUGUGUGCAUUCAUUUAACUUUAGGACUCAGGUUUGCAGCAGAUUUACACCCAGAUUUGUACAUAAUUUUCAAGAAUCUUUGAAAGAUUGAAACCACAGUGUGGGUGAAUGAAGAGCAUGGAACUGUUUUUUCUCAUUGUGCUGUUAGCAGGAGGAACUCAAGCUCUCAUUCCAGUUGAUGUGACUACUUGUGACCUCAGGACGAACACAUGUCCAUGCUCUCCUCUACUUGAAGGAACUGUGUAUAUCCAAGUGAUGACUGAUGCUAGUGGCCAUGAUCUGAAGUGUUUGAAGGUGCUUCCCAAGGUGAACAUAACUGUGUUCAGUCUGAAGAAAGAAACAGUAACAAUGACAGACAAGGAAUUUAACAACAGACUAAUGUUUAUAAUCAAGAACGGAACACUCAAGAUCACAAACCUGAGGAAGGAGGAUUCAGGUCAAUACAGCAUUGAGGUCUUUAAUUCAAAUGGAGUCCGAGAGAAAAACAUUUAUUUCACCCUGGAUGUUAAAGACAGCAGCAAAGUUGAAAGCAAGUCAUCACACAGUUUUCCUUACCUGAGGAUAGUCUUUGCUGCACUGGGAUCUCCCCUGAUAGCAGUGUCGUGCUGCGUUGUAUAUCGGGAACUGAAGCAUCUUAAGAAGACUUCUAACAAGGCGGCCCAUGAUCAAAAGAGCCUCAGGUGUGAAACAGAGAAUAUAAACCUUAAGUGUGAGUCUGAGCUUUAGUGAGCUGAACUCCCUCAUAAUCAGCACUGGACACUGAACUGAGGAUCAAUGAAAUAAAAAAAAAAAAAGGAAAUUCAAAAACAACAAUCAGGAGUAUGUCUGUGUAGGUUCUCAAUCAUCCAGGCCAUGGUAGUCUAAGGAGCUUGGAAAGAAAGCAAGUGGACUUCGCUGAGUUUCUUGAAGACGCUUCACCUCUCAUCUGACAAACCUCUUCAGUUCUCAAACAUUUGGUUUGAGAACUGAAGAGGUUCUCUCUUAAGUGGAGAGUCUCUCUUAAGUGGAGAGUCUCACUUAAGAAGGUUGACCCAGGUUGACCCACUAAUAAUCAUGUACGUCAUCACAUGACCCAAGGUGUGAGUCAUUAUCAUUAUCAUUAUCCUUUUUAUCCUUUUAUUUUAUCCUUUUGUUCGGUCGCAGGGUUCGGUCAGACCUCUGUCACAGAGAAAAAGUCACUGAAUCAGAUAGUGAGAUGGUCCAGUCGUGUGAUAGGUGAGCCACAGUCUUGUUUAGCCUCCCUGUACUCUAAACAGGUACAGAGGAUGGCUUUAUCAAUCCUUAAAAAUGGUUCCCAUCCUCUUCAGGCUCCUCAGGAUGGAGGUUCCUAUCUCCAAGAUGCAGGACAAAGCGUUAUAAAAACAGUUUUUUCCCUGUUGCUGUUACUCAAUUAAAUAAGAACUGUUUUUGUUUCUGAUUCAAAACGUUAAAUUACUAUAUAUGUGCUACAGUGAGGGUUAUAUUUAUUAGGUAUGUGUGUUUUUGAAGGGAUGCCAAAUGCUAUCAUUUUUUCUGUAAAGCAAAUUUACCUUACCUAUGGGUAUAAAUAAAGUUACCGUACCUUACAUCAGACAUUUUGCUCACCCUACCAUGUGACCUAUUGAGGUCACUUGAAAGAAGAUGCAGAUGGGAGUUGAGGUAGUUGGGAAGGUUUCUCAGAAAAACUCAUACUCUACAAGCAUGACAUCCAGUCCACAUAGUGUAUGCUGUGCAGUGCAGCAAGGAGUGAUGGAAUCUGUACAUUGGAGAAACCAGACAGCCACUCCAUAAACACAGCACACAACAUAGAAGAGCCACUUUUGGGUCUGCGCUUCAGCAGGCCCGCUAGUUCAGACUUAUUCCCGUGAACAAAGCAAGACAGAACAGUGAUCGAUGGGUUUUCACAUGCUAUAGCAAGGGGAGCCGGACGGCAUCAUCACUGCCCUCGGUCUCAACCGACUCCAAAGAACCAGCACCCCCCUGCAGCCUUUUUAUUCUAUGACAAACAGUUUACACAAACAUCCAUUGCAAAACCCCACUGUGGUGCGUCAUAAAACUCAGGCAAUGAGUGUGUGUGUGUGUAUGCAUGUGCGAGCAUGUGUGUGUGUGUGUGUGUGUGUGUGCACGUGAGUGAGUGUGUGUGGAUGGGGGUGUGUUUGUGUAACUUCCUGCUGAUCAUCUCCCCUUACCCCUGUAUAUGGCUUAGCUUCCUCUAGCGGUUUACCAUAUACAAAAGGACAUAAAGGGCAGGAAGUAAAACAUCCUCACCAAAUAAGAAAGCCCACCACCACCACCACCACCAUUCAACAGGCUGGGGAGGGGAACAGAAACAGAAGGCAAGGCUUACAAAUUUAAGUAGCACAAUGACAACAUUUAACAAUUUCAACCUAACAACCACCUCGACAGGACAAGACUCAGGUGUACAUCUGCUGUCUUUUGAGGAUGCCGAUGUCCACAUUUUAGGCAGAGAAGACAGAUGGCUUGAAAGAGGAGUGAAAGACACCAUUUAUGUCCACUGUGAACGACCAUCCUUCAACAGAGGGGUGGCUUACAACAUCAUGCCACCUACAACCCAGUUUUGAGAUCCUUUCCCAGGUUCCUCAAUCCCUGCUUUGUCAAGUGAUCUCAAUGGGUCACAUAAUAGUUUUGGGUAAGGGCUUAGGGUGGUUUCACUCAAAACCUCUGGUGGUAAUGACUCAUGUUCUUUUUUUUUUAACACCUUGGCUCAUGCAAUGAAGCACACGAUCAAUCGUGGGUCAAUGACGCUCAUAAGGGACAACUCCCACUAGAGUUUAAAUACCUGGGACUCUCCACCAUUUGUUUUUAGAAGGGAAGAUGCCUCUUGGACCAGAGAUGAAACAUUUUCAUGAAACUUAAAGAAGUCCAGUUGCUUUCUUUUCCAAGCUGCUUAAACAAGCAGGAGGUGACUGUGGAAGUUUUAUAUUGUAUGUGUUUAAUGUUGAAAAAGACUUUGAUUGAAAACAAUACAAAUUUUAUGCUUGCGGCUAUGUGAUCAUAUUUUAGAGGCCACAUAAGAAUAUAGAGUCAUGUAUAUUAUGUUGAUUCAAAGUUCCUUAAAAGCAAUAGAAACACUGUAAAUGAAUGGGAAAAGUCUUUUUUGGUGAGUUAGUAGGCAUUUUUUUUAAAAAAAUUUC